AUGGGUCUCUUCAGCAAACGUAGCGACAACACGACGGCGGCCACCGCCAACGGCCAUCACAAGAAACAUGACCGAGGAGUGUCUGGCAAGAAUCACCACCAGGGCCUGUUCGAUAUUGAUUCGGGCAAUUUCAACCGCAGACCAAGCUUUGGGCAAUGGCUGAAAUUCACCUGGGUCGACUUGCUCACCAUGGCAGCCAUGGGUGCCGUUGGACUGGGAGUCUACGAAGCGAAGCCGGCGCCCAGCCGAUCGUUCCCCGUCACGUUCACGGACGGGGAGAUUGUGUACCCUCAAUUUGCGUACCCUCUGCGACAUGAGAUCGUCCCCAUCUGGCUCGCGGCGCUGCUCGCGUCCCUGAUCCCGAUCUUCGUCAUCCUGUGCAUGCAAGUGCGCAUCCGGUCGUUCUGGGACUGCAACAACGCCAUCCUGGGGCUCCUCUACUCGCUGAUCGGCGCGGCCGUGUUCCAGGUCUUCGUCAAGUGGCUCAUUGGCGGUCUCCGGCCUCACUUCCUGUCGGUCUGCGACCCGGACCCGGCCAAGAUCGCCGCCCAGGGCGGCCAGGGUUUCCGCGGCAUCAUGUUCCAGCGCGACGUCUGCCGAGGGGACGUGGACCAGAUCGACGACUCCCUCGAGUCGAUGCCGUCGGGCCACAGCACCGCCGCGUGGGCCGGCUUCCUCUACCUCUUCUUCUACCUGAACGCGAAGAUGAAGGUCUUCGGCAACCACCACCCGGCCUUUUGGAAGCUGAUCGCCCUGUACGCCCCCGUGCUCGGCGCCACCCUGAUCACGGGGGCCCUCACCGUCGACGAGUUCCACAACUGGUACGACUGCGUCGCCGGCGCCGUCAUCGGGUCGACCUUCGCCGUCUCCUCGUACCGCAUGGUCUACGCCUCCGUCUGGGACUUCCGCUUCAACCACAUCCCCCUGACCCGCCACACGCCCUUCACCUACGGGGCCGGCGCCGCCGGCGCGGGCGGCUUCGAGUCCGCCGUCUUCACGCGCAAGGCGGGAUGGGGCUACGAGGAGGCCCUCGGCGGCGCCCCCUUCGACGCCGCGCACGGCCUGCGGGGGACCGCCGCCACGGGCUUCGACGCCGGCGCCCACGGCCUGGGCCAUCAUCAUCACCACCGACCUGGAGACGUCGAAAACAACGCCGGCCUGGCCGACGAGUACAAGAACGGCCGGACGAACGACCUCGCCGCCGCCGCCACCAACGGUACAUCCUCGAAUGGCCUCACGCAGAGCCAUUCCCCCGUGGCUGCUGCGCCCGACGGCCGAUACCACCACCACCACCACCGCAAGAGCAUCGAGCGCAAGGCAGUUCCGACGGCCUGA